CAUGACUUGGCACAUUAAUUGAUUGUCUGUGGUGCUGGGAGAUGGGCAGAGAAUCCGUCGGAGAAUCCAUCAGCACUCAUGAUCUGGCAGGCAGCAGGCAGCAGACAGACGGACAGCCAGCCAACCAUUCAACCGUGCCAUCAACAACAACAUCGACCAAAGAAAUUGCAUCCACAAGCCAGUCGAUUGACGCAUACACGUACGCACACUCAUGCCUAAACAACAGGCAUGCACCUGACCGGCACGACAGGCACACGCAGCAUCCAUUCAUCUGUGGGUUUUCCCCGGCUGUCUUGACUUUUUCACAAAACUGUUCCAAAGGCACGCAACGUCUUGCCGUCCCAUGAUCGGUGGGCGGCGGAAAAACAUGUCGAAAAGCCGUCGACCCAUACGCGAGAAAGGAGAGACACGAGAGAGAGAGAGAGAGAGAGAGAGGCAGGGAGAGAGAGGCGGGGAGAAGAAGUAGCCUAGCGCAGCUAAAGAAGCGACACAUACCCUGUCAUCCCACACACACACACACACACACACAUACAUAUAGACAAAUAGCUUACCUUACAGAUGGAUCGGUCGACUUACACAAAUAUACGUAAAGCACACAUACAUACGUACAGCACAAACAGACAUUGUGUCGCAUCGCUAGGCCCAGAGAAACCACGUCAGCCGCACAGGAUUGAAACGACCACCUGCAAUCAUCCACCGGCUAUCAAGAGAGUUCCCAUGGUCCCUUUUGUCGGCCGCCGUACCUGUUCUGUCUGUUUGACAUGAGGGUCUAUGCUUCCAGCUUGUCGCGGAUGAGCGCUGCCGUUCGAGGGAAGCGCUGCUGUGUGCAACGCUUGCUGCCCGCAGGGGUCUCCGUAGUGAAGAUCUCGAAGCUGAGUGUCUGGCACGUCGCGUAAUCGCGACGCACGACCCACAAAGAGGCAGCGAAGUCGUCACGCGCACGCUCCCCGCAGAGAAUGACUAUCGCUUCGUCACGAUUGUCACGGGUCAGGCCGUCAAAUGCCCUUUCGUCAGCCUUGUGCGCCUUGCGGCAGUCCAACACGACAUUGUGAAUGAGCGCAAAUCUCAGCUUGCCUGCGAGUUGAUGCUGCUCAGAGGGCGAGAGGAAGCUGUCAGGGGUCAGCUUGUAGGGGCGAGGCGCAGUAGGCGCAUGGGCGACGAGAUAUAGGAUGAAGUCCGUGAAAGAAGAGUAGAUGUAAUUGAGUCCUAGAGACAGACAGUCAGGCGCACGAGAAGAGCAAACAGUGAGUGAUGUGCUUUGUCUUUUCUCCGGCUUUUUUCGAUUGGUCUCUCACGUUUGGUGGGCGGAUCAGAUUGGUAGACGGAGAGGGUGGCAAUCUCAUCCGUGAGGGUUCCUUUCAGCGCAGCUGCCGCAUCCUUGACCUACAUAACGCGACACAUCCAUCACCUCGUCGCCACCAUGUUGACCUUUUCUCACCUUGACGUUUGCGCUGUGGAUAAGAGGAAAGAGCACUGAAUCCUUUCCCCCAGCGCCAAGCAGCUGGUGGAGCGCCUUUCUCUGCUGGCCAUCGAGUCGCUCGGCGAGCGCCGCCAAGGUCGCCAUGUCGUCCAGCACGCGAGCCUCCUCCUGCGGACAGACAGAGGACAGCAGCUGUCAGAUGGCACGAGUGCGACGGACGCACUUGUACGUACCUCAUUGCAGCUCGGACAGUAGGGUGAGAGAAUGUCGGCAUUGCCAAUGAGGGAUCCCUUGAACUCCAGUAUUCGCAUCGACAGCUGCUCCGGUGGCAAGGCAGCCAACGCUCGGACCUAACACAAUUGUCCGAGCAAUCAAGCACACUGAUUGACGCGUCUGAUCUGUGCGCCGUGCGUGUAUUCUUUGGCUGGCUACAGCGUCAUAUUACCUGACGGCCAAGGCACCCCAUCACAGUCCCUUUGGCGGCGUCGGCAAGGUGUUCACUUCCCUUCUUCAUGGCCGCCGCCGCCCUUGCUGCGCCGCUGAAGGGAAGGUGCGCUGGCAUCAGCGCCUCGAUGGGGAGGAAAGUCAGCAGCUGCCGGCCCGGCCCAACCCACUCUCCCAAAUCGUCCUGGCCGUUGGUGGUACGCUGCAGAUGCAGGCAGAGGCCCGGCACCAAUCUGUGGAUGAGAAGGGAGAGCUGGCGGACUGCCGGUGGCCGAGAGUCAAACAGUGCCCGACUGCCGACUUGUCGCAGGUCAGCCGGUGCGACGAUAAUGGGUAGAGAGGGAAUGAUGCGGCUGUUCUUGAGGUAAUAGAUGAGCUGAACAGUCCGCUCCCAGCUGCCGCUCCCCUCAAUGAUGUGCAGCAGACGCAACAGAUACUCCGCACGGCCCAUCGGCAUCUCUGACUUGAUUCCCCUCACCAAGUUGCUGACUAGUGGCAGGACUAUAAGUGCCGCAUUGUAAUAAACAAAGAAGGACGCGAAAAGCGACACACAGCGGUCAACCGCGCCGCUGCGGUCACCGCUGAAGAUCCCCCUGACGUGGUCGGCCAGCGAUUCCUUCCAAUUGACCAUCCUUAUCGCCACCACCAACACCAGACAGCCCACACGGCCGCAGACAAACCGUCCAGCCGCGCUAGCAUUUUGGAGGGCAAACACCGUGUCCAUAACGGAGCCGCCCGGAAGCAUCCACCAGCCACCAAUCACGACCCCACUCGCCAACAGAAAUCGAGACCAAGAAGCGAGCCACUCGCACGACCACCCGCCCGUGAGCUCCCUGCACGUGGCGGCCGCCACAGGGCGGAGGUCGAGAAGCACCACAGCUACCAAGACGAUGAGUGGGAACAACUUGGCAAGACCCGCCGACAGGCCGCUGCAGACGGCCGUGGCGAAGUGCAGCAGGAACGUCAGGGUCGUCGUGGGGGGCUUCUUGUAGGCCAGCACCCCGCUGAGUCCCUGGUUGUGGAUGGCAUCGUCGAGGUGGCGCGUCAGGUAGCACUCGCUGAUGAGAUGGCAGCCGCCGCAUUUUGAUGUAGCCCGCAAAACACCGCAGUUGGCGGCCGACAGAUUACCCUUGAGCUCCCGACCGACAUCAUCAGGCAGACGGCUCAGAUGAGGCUCGAUUGCGGUCAUCGCCCUGGAAUCCGCCGGGCCGGGCCGCUGAUCAAUCUGACUCUCACACGGUAGAUGACGCUUAUAUCAUGGCUGAUGUGCUGACGCCUCACCUUCUCC